AUGGGCGUGUCUCGCGACCAGCAUACGAGGGGGGCCACCCAUGCCACGGUCCCGAACGAGAAGAAUAUGCAUAUCCUAAUUGGAAUGCGAGAUGGCGUUACAGGGGAAUUUAAGCUGGUCCCUAAAGCUGAGGCGGUCGUCUCUGUCUUUGACUCGAAUUUCUUGAUAGGCGAUGGUAUCUGGGUAAGACAUGGAGCUCGGAGUGGGCGUGGCGGCUUGCUAACAAAGAGAUCAAAGGAGGGAAUCCGCGCGAAGAACGGUCGGGUUCAAUUUGCAAAGGACCAUAUCGAUCGGCUGUUUCAGUCUGCCAGAGCGAUGCUCAUGGACCUUGGCCUUUCGAAAGGGCAGCUCCUAGGUCUGAUCCACCAGACUCUAGACGCAAACGGCAUGUCCGACGAGCCACACGUUCAUAUUCGGCUUGUGGUCAGCCGGGGAUUGAAAUCAACCCCAUAUCAGAAUCCGUCCGUAAAUAUUGGCCUUCCGCUCAUUGUGCUUAUUCCUGAGAUCAAGCCCACCGAUCCGACUGUCAAAGAACGAGGACUGAGAUUGAUUACCUCGCAUAUCCGGCGUGGUCCUCCAGACGUCAAGGACGAGAUGUGGAACCACAUAUCGAAAGCAACCGACGUCCAGGCAUGCAUCGGGGCUAAUGUCACCGGUGCGGACGAAGCGUUGAUGCUGGACCUCAACGGCUUUGUCAAGACAUGCAAUUCGACGAAUUUUUUCAUCGUCCGUGGCGGCGAGGUGUGGGCUCCCACCAAGAAUAACCAGAUGCAAGGAAUUACGCGCCAGAAAUCGAUCGAUGUCUGUCGUGCGAACGGGAUCCCGGUGCGAGAACUGGACUUUACUUUGACGGAGGUUUACGGUGCCGACGAGGCGUUCUGCACCGGGACAUUUCCCUCGCAGAUCCAUGUUACCGAGGUGGAUGGGCGGCAAAUCGGCGAUGGCGUUCGGGGCGUCAUAACGGAACGGAUUCAGCAGUUAUAUAUGGAUCUGGCACGCCGAGACACUGAGCGGACUCGGGCAGAGAUCCUGGAUGAAGUGGCUCCCCGAAAAUGCAAGCUAUAG